CUACCCAGGAACAAAAACAAGUAAAAAUGUGCCAAAGUAACUGUUUUCAGUAAAGCAGUAGAACUGAUAUUUCCGAGCUUCCUCCGGGUCCGUGAAGCGGAUGAAAACUUGGUCAACAAGCCGCCGUUGAGCCGCUCUCAGCUUUCAGCUCUCAGCCCGGGACUUCUUCACUUUGUACCGCGGAUUAUCUGUUCAUCGUUACACAACUCGAGACCGAGCGGCCGGUGGAAGCGGAGCUGCGAGAUGCCGCUUCUCCACAGAAAAGCCUUCAUCCGACAGAAACCUCCGGCGGACCUGCGGCCGGACGAGGAGGUGUUUCUCUGUAAAAUCACACACGAAAUCUUCAGGACAUACGAUGAGUUCUUCGAGCGAACCAUCCUGUGUAACAGUCUGGUGUGGAGCUGCGCUCUGACGGGUCGAGCGGGCCUGACGUACCUGGAGGCGGUGGAGAGCGAGCGGCGGGCGAAGCAGAGUCUUCAGAACUUCCCGUCGGUGUUGGUGCAGCCGCUGCUCCACCUGGCAGCUCUGAGCCGCCGCUGCCGGCUGACGGAGCUCUGCGAGGACAUCUACACCUUCGUCAAAGACCGUUUCUUCCCGGGAGAGACGGUGGACGUCAGCGGACGCAACGGAGCCAGACUCGUGUGUGAGGUCCUGCAGGUUCACUCACCUCAUUCCAGCGCUAACGGAGCGCCGACCGCUAACGGCCACGCCAAGCCGGCUGACGGCGACACCAUCGUCAUCAGCGACAGCGACGAUGAGAGCAACGCCUUCCAGAGUCCCACCGCACAGGUCAACGGCAGGAAGAAGAAGAAGCCUCUGAGUCCGUCAGUGUUUAAGUACACAGUGAGGAUGAUGAAGGACGAGCACAGCGAGCCGUUUACUGUCAAAGCCAAUCAGAUGAGUCGGAGGAAGAAUGUUCUGUCCAGAGAGAGACUGAAGCUGCUCUUCAAGCAGCACUGUGAGCCUCAGAACGGGACCAUCGCGCUCAAGCCCUCCACAGUGAUGAAGUACCAGCUGUCUGAACAGACCUUCUCUCAGUUCUUCCCUGACGAGCCGCCGCUCUUCCCCUUCAGCCCCGCCUCUAAAGGCGGAAGCCGAGGCUCACCUGGACAGGCGAGCUCGUCGCUGCUGAAGGCGGCGGAGGAGAAGCUGAAGCUGCUGCAGCAGAAGGAGGACAUGGCGACCGCAGCUCAGGAUAAAGCUCGACUGAAGAAGGAGAAGGAGGAGGCGCAGGAGGCCAAGAGGAGGGAGAAGGAGGACAAGGAGAAGCUGAAGGAGGAGCAGAGGAAGAGGUUUGAGGAGGAGAAGCAGAGGAGGAGGGAGGAGAAGGAGCGCAGGAAGCUGGAGAAGGAGAGAGAACGAGAGAAGCUGAAGGAGGAGAAGAAGAAAUACGCUGAACGACUGAAACUGUGGAACAAACCCAGAGAAGAUAUGGAGUGUGAAGACCUGAAGGAGCUGCCCAGUCCAGUACCAGUGAGGACUCGACUCCCAGCGGAGCUCUUUGGAGAAGCUCUGAUGGUUCUGGAGUUCCUGCGGGCCUUCGGCGAGGUCUUUGACCUGAAGGACGAGUUCCCCGACGGAGUCUCUCUGGAGGUUCUAGAGGAGGCUCUGGUGGGUUCUGAUCCUGAAGGUCCUUUGUGUGAGCUGCUGUUCUUCUUCCUGUCGGCCAUCUUUCAGGCUCUGGACGAGGAGCAGGAGGAGGUGGCUAAAGACCAGGCCGAAGACCUGUCGGAGGCUCUGGACGAUGACUCUGAUCCCACUCAGUCGGCGCUCAGCGCUGUUGCCUCAUUGGCUGCUGCUUGGCCUCAGCUGCAUCAGGGCAGCAGUCUGAAGCAGUUGGACCUGGACAGCUGCACGCUGUCAGAAAUCCUGCGUCUCUACAUCCUGGCGUCUGGCGCCGACUGUAACCACGGCAACGCCAAGUUCCGCUACCAGAAGCAGGGCGGCUUCACUUUGAUGGACGACCCGUGUGUGGAGCUGCGAUUGGCUGAGCCGGUGCUGCUGAAGAGGCUGUCGUGCACGUCGGUAUACGACCUGAUGCCAGGAGAGAAGCUGCGGAUCCUGCAGGCUCUGGUGGGGAAGCUGCUGACGUUGGCGUCCAGCAGAGAUCUGAUUGAAGACUGUGUGGAGGAGCAGAGAGGCGCCAAACAGGAACUGAGAGAGAUCAGAGCUGAACAACACCGCCGCGAGAGAGAGGAGGCCGCACACAGGGUUCGUCUUCGUAAAGAGGAGCGGCUGCGGGAGCAGGAGCAGAGGCUGAAGGAGAAGGAGGAGAAACUGAAGGAACAGGAGGAGAAACUGAAGGAACAGGAAGUGAAGGGAAGACUCCAAACAAACAGUGAGACUCCUGCUGAACAACACGCUGAGGAUGACGAGGAGCCAAAUGCUUCAUCCAAGAAGAAGAUAAAAGGCAACCAGAAAGAAAAACAGCAGCCGCAACAGCCGACCUCUGACCCCAAAGCGUCGUCGUCGUCCUGCCCCCCCAGCAGCCUGACUGCAGAGGAGCUGGAGGAAGAGCAGGAGAAGGUUCGAGAGCUGCAGGAACGGAUCCAGAAGGCGGCGGCCUGCACCUGCCUGCUGCCUCUGGGCAGAGACCGGCUGUACCGCCGCUACUGGCUCCUCCCGUCCGCCUCCGCGCUGUUUGUAGAGGACGACGGCUUCGGCCUGACGGAGGACAUGCUGCAGCCGCACCCAAAGCCCGCCCAGGACGCCACAACCAAGAUGGAGGAUGAGGAGGGCGUCAAGGAGGAGCCAGCUGAGGGAAGUGUCGGCUCUAGCCCCGCCCCCCUCCACACCUGCGGCCCGCCAGUCAACCGUCCCAACCAGUGGUCCUUCUACAGCUCAGUGGAGGAGGUGGAUCAGCUGAUCGAAGCUCUCAACCCGCGAGGUCACAGAGAGAGCGGCCUGAAGGAGGCGCUGCUGCAGGAGAGAGAGAGACUGCAACACCUGCUGCAGAGCUGCGACAGCAACAAAUACAGACACACAGAUGAUCCAGAGUCAUCGCGAUCUGUCCCAGAAUGCACCGCUGCAGCUGAGACUCUGAUGGAGGUCAGACUGAGAGACUUGCUCCUGGACAUCGAGGACCGCAUCCACCAGGGAACUCUGGGAACUCUGAAGGUGAUGGACCGACAGGUGUGGCGCUCAGCGUUGGAAGCAGGAAACUACGAACUGCUGUGUUCUGACGGCAGAGAGAACGGAGGGAUGAACGGACGAGUGGAGGCCAUGGAGGUGGACUCUGCUCACCUGAGAGCCAGAGACAGGCUGCAGGAGCUGAAGUCUGACGGCGUCGCGGCCGCCUGCAGCAGCGGCAGCGGGACUCCGCAGGCCGUCAGCAGCUCGGUACGAAUCCUGGCUCAGGCUCUGGUUCACAUCGAGCAAGGCAUCGAGAGGCGCUUCCUCAAAGCUCCGCUGGGUGAGGAAGACUCAAAGAAAGACCAAAAGAUGAAGAAGAACAAGAAGAAAGAUGAGGACCAGGCCAGUGAUGACGGCAGUGACAGCGGUCGAGUCAUAAAGACGGUGUUGGAGCGAUGGAGGGAGUCUCUGCAGUCCUGCUCCAGUCUGUCUCAGGUGUUUGUCCACCUGUCCAGUCUGGAGCGCAGCGUCCUCUGGUCUCGCUCCGUCCUCAACGCUCGCUGUCGCAUCUGCAGACGCAAAGGAGACGCCGACAACAUGCUGCUGUGUGACGGCUGUGACAGAGGACAUCACACCCACUGUCUGAGACCCCGCCUCAAGUCGGUUCCAGAGGGGGACUGGUUCUGUCCAGACUGUCGACCCAAACAGAGAUCCAGCCGCGUCCCGUCCCGUCAGCGCUCCUCUAUCGACGAGGAGGAGGAGGAGGUGGAGGAUGACGAACAGGAAGAGGAGGAGGAAGAGUCUGAGGAGGAAGAGGAGGAGUCAGAAGAAGAGGAGGAGUCUGAGGAGGAGGAGGAGGAAGAAGUGGUAGUGAGCGCCAAGAAGAGCCAGGCCCCGCCCCCCAAAGGCAAGAGUCAACAGGCCACGCCCAAAGGGCAACAGGCCACGCCCAAAGGUCAGCAAGUCACGCCCAAAGGUCAACAGGCCACGCCCAAGAACAACGUUGCUUCAGCAGGGAAAAACUCGUCCGCCUCCAAGUCCUCAGGGAAAAAGGCCACGCCUCCUACAUCCAAGGCUAACACGGCGUCCGGCAGUAAAGCUCCACCACGCGCCGGGAGUCGGAUCAGCGCCCGCCUGAGCCACGAGAUCCUGCCACCGAACGGCAACACCAGAACCUCACCUGGUCAGAGCGAGACCCGCAAGAGGCCGCCGACAGACGUGACCCCCCCUUCUAAACCCUCCAAACCCGUCCUCCCCGUCCUCCCUCCUGCCUCCUCUUCCUCCUCCUCGACCUCCUCAUCCAGCCGCCGCUCCUCAGGGAGGAACCACGGCGUCCACGAGCUGUCGGCCUGCGAGCAGCUGACGGUGGAGCUCGUCAGACACGAAGACAGCUGGCCCUUCAUGAAGCUGGUGUCCAGGACUCAGGUUCCUGACUACUAUGACAUCAUCAAGAAGCCGAUCGCUCUCAGCACCAUCAGAGAGAAAGUCAACAACUGUGAAUAUCAGACAGCAGGUGAGUACAUCUCGGACGUGGAGUUGAUGUUCUCUAACUGUCUUCAGUAUAAUCCUCGUCACACUAACGAGGCGAAGGCCGGUCACCGUCUGCAGCAGUUCUUCCACUCGGAGCUCGGCAGACUCGGCCUGUCAGAGCGCGGCGCCGCCCCGCCUGCCAAGCGCUCCCGACACUGAACCAAACACACCCCCUGACCUCACCGCCGUCCACUCCGCUGUGUUCUGAUUGGUCCAGGGACUGGAAGUGGGCCGGACGUAGAAGCUGCCAUCGUUUCCCUCCUGAUAGACUUACUCCUUCGUGACCUCUGACCCCUGUAGACCUGUCAGCCACAGUGGUCUGAAUCAAUCAAAAUGUCUGAAACGCUUCAUCAGAAGAGUUUAAAGGGACUGCGGGGGUCAAAGGUCAUGAAGUUCAAUGUUAAAAAGGUUCACCAGGAACAUUUAAUUAAUGAUAAAACCAGUUAAAGUUAGAUUCAGGUGCAACUGAGCUCACCUGAGACACAGUUACAUCUUUCAUUAUGUUUAUAGAGCUCCGCCCCUCUCACCUGAUCACCUGAUCACCUGAUCAGAAACUCGUUAAAAAAAACAAAACUUGUGUAAAAAUGUUGCAGCUACUGAGAGUUCAUAAAAACGUAGUAAAUUCCUGUCUGUCUUGACGCCUUUGACCUCCGACCUGCUGACGUUCAGGGCAUUCGUUUUCCCGUCUGCGUGGACAGACGGCGGACAUGCAGCAGACAUGUUGGACACACAUUCCUGUGGUGCUGUAGGACCGUAGAGACGUAGACAGUUUUCAUCUGAUGUUUUCUCUUCAUUCAGAAAAAAGCAAAAACCACUAAAACAACUUCAGCUUUGCACUGACAAUUAAAGAAAAAAUCAAAUCAGGCCGUUUGUGUUUUGCUCAGGGACAAAAGAUUUUGAUUUGAAUGAGAAGAUAUUUUCUAACAGUGCUCGCUGGUUUUUUACUGAAGCAGAGCGGCCGCGGCGUUCAGGCUCAUCGUCACGUAGCUAUGGAAGUCUGGUGCUGCCCAAAAUUAAAAUAAAGUGGGAAAAAUGGACUGUUUUCAUUUUCAUACCGGCAGACUGUGCAUCCUCAACUGGAACAUUAAAUAGCACAUUAAACUUCAUUUAUGUCCAGAGUUUUUAGCUCGUUUCUAUUAAGUCACAAAAUUAAUUUUCUUCAAAAACGACAGAAAUCUGAGCAGAAAGUCUGUUUAUUAAUUUCAUUCUCAAGUUUAAGCUGAACAUUUUCUGCUGAUGUGAAACUGAAAAGUCCGUUUUACAUUCAGUUUUUUUACAGGAUACUGAUUUGAAUUCAUAUUUAAAUGUGAAAAAAACAACUUUCCCACAGAGUUAAUCCCUCGUACUCACUUCACUAGAGACAUUUAAAACUCAUUGAUCAUAUCAUCUGUUUCUAUUUGAUCUGACACACUUGUCAAAGUAGAUUUUAUAUUAGUUGUUCCCAGUGAAUUUUUUCCAAUAUCAAAAUAAAAUCUAUAUAUUAACCGUGAGGCCCAAAAGUCUGAGACCACGUUCCUGAAUGUGGACUUGUUCUCAGACUGUUUAUUUUGUCAAACAUGAUGCGCACAAAACAGAAAAUACACUUCAAUGAAAUCUGAAGAGUUCGUUUUUAUUUCAGCCGCUGCAGACUUCCAAAGUUCUCGCUCUGAUUCUCUUUUAUCUCAGGGUAUCAAACUGUUAACGAGUUCACCAAUUAACACACAGCUCCUCCUCCAAAGGUGGCCCCUCCCUCUAAAUGCCCAGGCCACGCCCCAUUUCUGCCCUCAAUUAAAAUAAAUUAUCCUGAGAAAAUUAAAGAUUGUGAGAUGAAGGUUUGUAACAGGAAUUAAACGCUUCACUAAACUAAUGAUCUGAACAGAUAAACAUCAACACAACGAGCGUUUUAUAUCUGGAGGAAACAGUUAAAUCUCAAAAUUCAUAGUCAGUUAUAGUGUCUGUCAGGAACAUUGACAAUAAUGAAUUAAAAACAGAGUUGUGAUCUCAGGACAAACAAGAUAUCACAUGUUAAAUUUAAUUCAUUCAUGAUCUCAAACAGUUUGUUAGCUGGAGGAUGAUGAAGACCUGGAAAUGUUUUUGGAAACACUUUUAUUGUUUCUCUUUGUGAGAGUGAUGCUCAUGUUCAGAUGGAUGUUAAUCUCAUGGCUGUCAGGAUGCAGUUAGCUUAGCUUAGUUUAGCAUAGCAUAGCAUAAAGACUGGAAGCGGAGGGAAACAGCUAGCCUCACUGAUUAACACUUUUAACUCCAGCUCACAGACAUUAGAUUUAAUAUCCAUCUGAACAUUUAAGGCUCUAAGAUGAAGAGAAUAAAGAGCGAUUCCCAAAACAUCGAACUGUUCCUUUAAAGACGUGAGCCGCCGUGGCCUCUCUGGACUCGUAGUUUUUUGUAUUUUGACUACUAUUUCCCGCUUUAGGCUGUUUGUUUGACGUUCAGCUGAGAUGUUAGUGUGAGUGUAGCAGCUCUGUCACUCAGUGUUUGUUUGUUUGUUUGUUUGUUGAUGGAGGUCGGCUGUAGACACUACACUGGAGCCGCUGCAGCCUUCCUUCCCUCCUCUUCUGCUGCGUAUUUAUUUAGUUGAAGUCUCUGCGUUGUCUUUAUUUAUGACUGAUUGAUCCUCUGAUAGACGCCUUCUGCCUCCUGACGCUCUCUAACCUGUCUGUUGUUGUUCUAAUGUAAAAAUAAAUUGACUUUUUAUAACCGA